UAAGAUGUCGAUUGCAAAGCAUUUCUUUCCACUGGAAUUGAAAUGAACGAAAAUUAACGGAUAAUAAAAAAGAACGCCAUUGCUCGUUUUUGUUGUUCGCUGAACUUUCAAUUCGGAAGCAGAAGAAAAAAAAAACUCUAACAGAAGUGCAAGUUUGACAAAGGAGACAAUAUUUCAAAAAAAAAAAAAAAAAAAAACCGAGUGAAAUGAAAAAGGAUAUUUCGGAGAAUUGUGUUUGACGACGGAUUAAUGAAAAUAUCGUGAUUCGAAAUUGUGCAGUGAAAUGAUCGAUGAAGUGAAGGGACCGCACAAAGAUCCACUUAAUAUCAUUCAUUUUUGAAAAAAAAAGAAGAGAUUUGAGAGUUUUGCUGGAUUUUGUUUUUAAAUAAGCGGUGUUCGAAAUUCGGUGUACUCUAUUUAUCAAGUGAUCUUACCUAAUAAACUAAUCGCGAAAAUUCCUUUUUGCUAUUCCUCUAACUUUUACAAAUGUUUUGCUGCAAACCAUAGAACGGCAAAUAAAUCAAAACAAAAAUUGAAAACAUAAAAGAAAAAAAGAAAAGUUCAGAAAAAAAAAUAACAAAAACUGAAAUAAGAACCCAAACAAUAUACAAAAGUGUAAAGUGGACCACGCCAAUGUGAAUCCGGGAAACUGAGAAUACCAACAAAAACGAAGAAAAUGUCAACAAUGAUGAUCCUAACAAUUGUGCUUUUAUUCCUUUUCACCGGAUGUCAAUCGCAAACCACCGUAGAACCUCCCGAAUCCGAAGCAGAAUCUAACCUCACAACAACAGUGAAGCCAACAACGACAACAAGUCAAUAUUCCGCCGUCUACGAAGCUCAUGCCCGCCACUAUUUGGAAAUUGCCGAAAAGGGCUUCGAACACAUCUACAAUCGCAAGCGUGAACUAUUCCAUGGUCUGACCAAGAAACGUGUCAGCAUCAGUGAGAUCAAUCAGGCCAAUGUUCAACAGGAAAUCGACAAUGAAUACUAUCAGCUGGUCUACGAGUUGGCAGCGAAUUUAAGUGUCAUUCCGGUGAGGCGGUUGAAAAAUGAAACACUGAGGCGUCAGGUACAACGUCUGUCCAAGUUGCAGUUGCAUGGUUUGAAUAGACAUGACUAUGAGCGGUCGAAGGCUUUGUUGCGUGUCAUACAAUCGUUUAUAACAUCGCCGUUGGUGUGUCAGAAUGAUUGUAAAUCGGCAUCGGAUAAAAAUGUUGCCUUUGAGCCGACCAUUAAAUCGUUCAUUGAGCAUAACAAGAACAAGGAUCAUUUGUAUUUCUAUUGGCUGAAAUGGCGUCAUGCCUUGAAUAAGGAUGCUAAUUGGGCUCAGGAUACGUUUUUGGAGUAUGUGGAUUUGUGGCGUAAAGCGGCUGCUUAUAAUGGUCAUGUUACCCCCUCCCGUACAUGGUACUUGUAUUACGAUACGGAGAAUUUCCAACGUGAACUUGAAGAUGUUGUAUGGGAAAUAAUGCCGCUGUAUCAGGAGCUGCAUGCCUAUCUGCGUCACUGGGCACGCCAUCAAUACGGCAAGCAUUUGACCGAUGCCACAGAUGGUGCCAUUCCGGCACCGGUAAUGGAACAGAUCAUAACACAAGAUUGGUAUGCUAAUCCCAUCUUUCGUAUACCCUUUCCCAAACAUUUGCUGCCAACGGUCAAGCAACGUUUGGAAGAGGUGAUGGACACGCCGGUACAGAUGAUAAAGAAAGCCUCCGAAUUCUAUGAAUCGAUGCAGUUGAAUAAAUUAAACAAAACAUUCAUGGACAAAUUUGUGCGUCGCAUCAACGAAGAUGACCCGAAUAAGGUUUGCCGUGUCGAGGUGUCAUAUUUUCCACCAGAUGUUGCGCUGCGGUUUUGCAAUAAGGUGGACUAUCGACCCUUCCUGCAAAUGCAUGGUCAUGUGGCUGAGUUGCAAUACAACAUGUAUAAAGCCCACUUGCCGGUUGGCUUGGACAACGAACCUUGCCCUGGUUUUGGUAGUGCAUUGGGUGAGGCAUUUAUUAUUGCUGCUGGAACACCAAGGCAUUUAAGCCGCUUGGCCAUAGUGGUCAAUGAUACACUGCCUCCGGAACAGUCACUUAAUCGUUUGUUUCGAAUGGGCGUCCACACCAUUAUGGCCAUACCACAAUACUUCAUCAAUGAUAAAUACUUAGUGGAUGUCAUGGAUGGACGGAUAAGUCCAAGGGAGUAUAAUUGUGCCUAUUGGAAACUGCAACAUAAAUAUGCUGGGGUAGUGCCACCCAGUCGCCGCAAUGAAAUGAGUUUUGAUCCCGACUAUAAAUUCUACAAGGGUCUAAGUCCAGAUCGAUCGAAUACAAUCAAAUUUAUAUCCGAAGUUUUGGGUCUACAAUUUUAUCGUUCAUUCUGUAUGUUGAGUGCUGAAUAUAAACCCGGCAAUCCGGAACAUCCUUUGUAUAAUUGUGAUUUUUAUAAUAGCACGGCGGUGGGAGAUGUUGUCAAAAAAAUGAUGAAAAUGGGCGCCACUAAACAUUGGCGUGACGUCAUGGCCAUUGCAACGAAAGAGCGCCGCCUAAGUGGCCAGGGUGUUAUGGAAUAUUUUGCACCUCUGUACAUUUGGCUCAAGGAACAAAAUAAGAAACUCGGUCUCAUACCGGGAUGGGAUGAUGACAUACAAUGCGGAAAUUAUUUCUAAGAUUUGAACCUGUUAUUUUAGAUUUUGAACAAGUUAUGCGAAAAUCUCUAAUUGUAAAUAAAUAAACCAAGUAAUCACUAUUCAACAAUUAAAA